GCACGGGUAACCCUGCCCGCCCGCGGCGGGGGCGGGCUGCUUUCACACUGGGGAGGCUGAUCUCGGCGAUAAUAGCCGCUGGGGUCCGAGUCCAGAGAGUGUUUUGAGAUGCCGUGAAUAAAGUUCUUAACUUAGUUCUUGCUAGCAGUUUGGGUGUUGUCUGUAGCCUGGAGGAUGUUUACGAGUCCUAGUUCGUUGCAGAAAGUGAAGCCUGGUGCGUGGGGGGACAUCGGGCACUGGAAACAAGCUUUUGAGCAGGGCCUGUUGCCACAGGACUGGGGGAACGGUUUUAAACGAAAAGAGGGUUGAUUAGAGAUGAAAGGAAGAAGUUCUCAACACUAAAGGUGGUAAAAGCACGGAAGAGGUUAACCAGAGAGGUGGGAGAUGCCGCACCCCUGGAAACAUUCAAGGUCGGAUUGGAUUUGGGGGUCUGGACAACGUGGCCGAGUGGGAGGGUCCCUGCUCCCUGCAGGGGCUCGCACUAGCUGUCCCUUCCGACCCGAACCAAUCCAUGAUCCUGUAACAGUGUUAGGACAGAACCAUGGUGACGAUUUAUGAAAGUAUUUCUGUCAUGGUUGCCCAGCGCAGUCAGGUUUCCUCGGAACACUGCAUUUGGCUGGCACAAUGUGUUUGCUGCGGUCCACAAUAAUUAUCACUUUAUCAGAUCCAGAUUAACGAGAAACUCAUUCUUGAAGAAUGCUUCAGUCAAAAAGAAAAUUAGAAAGCCCACCUGGCCUUUGCUGUGGUCACAUAGAGGGACCAACAUGUCAUUGAGUCAAAUGAGACCUCGAACAUCACAGCUGCUGGAGCUUCAUGUUUUUUACGUCCCAGCAGAAGUGUGGAACUUCAAGCUGAAUACAGUUCCAGUAGCUCUUACUAGCAAAUUCAUCUCGGCGGGCUUUAUAAGGGUGUCUCCUCACAUCACAUUGAGAGUGCUGCGGGAGAGGCUUGGAGAGUUCCUGGGUGGAGUGACAAUUGCAGAUAAAUUCAGAUUUUUGAAAUGCAUUGGGAAAAAACUAGCAGUGGUGAAAGCAGAGCAGGAAACAGAACUGGAACUGAAGUCAUUUGCUCCUCCUUAUGCACUUUAUCCUGAAUUAUAUUUAUUACCUGGAGUGGAAUAUUUUGAAGAUGUUUAUCUGUCAUCAACUCAACAAAAACAUCACAUUAUUGAAGAAGCUAAUAGGUUUGGUCAUGGAUCAAGAUUAUCCAGCCUUUCCCAACAGAAACCUGAAAAAAGCAAACCAUUUUUAAGAAGUAUACAUCAGGUAGAAAAUGUAGAAGUGCCCAGUCCUGUGGAAUGGGGUGAGAAAGAGCCUGUUCCAGUUUCACACACAAACAAUAAGCAAGACAAUAACAACAGGAUUACAGAAAAACAGUUCGGGGAAAAAGAUCAAAGUGGAUCUGAUGGAUCUCUCUUCACACCAAGCCAUUCAAAUCCUGCAGAUCAGGAGUCUGGAAAGUGUGACCUGGUGUUACAGACCUCUGAUCAGAAUCAUCUCAGCCAAGAUCAGGAAGACUGCAGUGCUCCUAAGUGGAAUGACAAAGCCAAAGGAACUGCUCUUACUCAUGUAAACCACAGUGAUGAACAAGGCCAGGGUCACCAGGGACCCCAGAAUCACACUGAACAUCAAAAGGAACUAGCAAAUAUGGAAAAUAACAAGCACCAAAAAGAUACCAAAUUAAGAAGAGAAAGAACACAGGAUGCUGAAAUUCUGAAAAUAAUGGAAGACCAAACUACAGUUUAUGUCCACAAAAAGCAAAGCUUGCUGCAAAAUAGAACUAAGAAGGCUAGAGUUGGUCUUGGUGAAAAACUGGAUAAUCAGGCAGAUGAAAACAAGCAAAAUCUUCUCACUUCUCCAAAAGAGUAUAUGUCACCUCCUAGUCCACCUUUUUUGGCACUUACUGUAAAUCCAGCUCAAGUUCCUGUAAUUCAGGCAGCAAAAAACAAGAUGGUAGAACAAUUGCAACAAAUGAAGAAAGACAGAAGGCACAUGGAAAAAACUAGAGAAGAACUGAUCAAAAAAGCUAAAGGGCUACUGGAACAAAAUAAGCUGAGGAGAUACCAUGUUCGUGAGGAAUGGAAGAAGAAGUACUUUGAAACUAAGAAAGCUACAGUUUCGCUGGAGGACACCCUAAACAAACUGCGACAAGAUUUAGAGCUUUACCACCAGAAAUUGCUCUUGCAAUUGGAAGCCAGAGAUAGACAAAAACGACCAAACAAUGCAACAACCUCCAAGAAUUUCACAAUCAUCCGGAUUGCUACAGUGCAGCAUGAACUCGAUCACCUGAGGAGGAAGCUAGAUGAUACAAAAAUGAGACUCCUAAUAGAAAUUAAGAUGAGAAAGCAGGCAGCAUCUGAUUUACAAGCACUGAGAGCGGAACUGACACAGAAGAAGAUUCAUUCAGCUUUAGUGCUCCAGUCCAGAAAAUCAGGAAUUUAAGAAGAUGACAUGACUAACAUCUGUGAAGUCUACAGCAGCUCCCUAGUGUAUGUGGAAGAGAAUUUCAGAGCAUUUGUUUGUAUGUUCUUGAAGUUAUUUUGUAAAAAGGCAUUAUCUAUAUAAAUGUUGUGAAAUUUGUAUACUAGGCUACUGAGAUAAUGCAGCUCACUUCUUUCUAAAUCUCACUUACUGUAAGAUUAGUCAGCUACUUAAACAUACAGUUUAAGCCAGUAACAUGUCUAAAACUAAGCUGCUAUUUUUAAAGUGCAAAUUAGCUAAUUGUGUAACAUCCAGUGGUAUGAUGAUGUUCUUCAAUUAACUAAAUUGCUACUAAGAAAUAAACCUAAAAUCUGUAACCUCUUGUUCUUAUUUUCAGGCUCACACAUUCUGUU